UAGAAUGUAUUCAAUUUGAGUGUGUAUGAUUACUUAGUGGCGUACUAAACCAUUUGCCACUAAAUAUUUUGUCACUGAGUAUUUUGACAAAUUCACAUCGUAUGCUUGUUUGAGGAUAAUCUGUUUGAAAUGGCUCGCGAACCCUACUUCCCCCAUAAGCGGUUAAGCGAGGCUGUCCGGAAUGAUGACACAUUUACUGCAGAAAGAAUUUAUGAGAAUUGUAGACAUUCGUGGAGAUCUUCAAUAGGAUUGACAGACUACUGUGAAACUGCUCUAAGACACAGAUGUCUGCCAAUGGUAAAAUUGUUGCUAUCCCAAGAUGGUGGUUUUGACUAUAACCGACUCAUAAGGGCUGCAGUAGAAUGCGAUUUCGGGGAGGGUGUCGAAGCACUCCAGUCUAAAGGAGGGCUUCUGGAUAAAGAUUCAAUCUAUAAGUGCCUCGAACACAAUAAACCCGGGGUGUUAAAAUAUAUUCUUGAACAUAAGAUCUUAAUGUUAUCUAACCCAAAUAUUAACAGUACACCUACCAGUAAUCGACAAUUAAAGCAUGUUGAAACUCGUGCCCUACACUGUUGUAUUCAUGGUAGCAUUCGUCAUAGGGAGCCAGACAAAGUUCUUGAUUGUGUUAAAUUAUUGGUGGAGGCAGGGGCGGACCUUAAUAAAGAUAAAGAUGGUGAAACACCCAUCUACUUGGCUGCGGCAAAUGGUAUGGUCACAACGGUCACAUAUUUAGCACAAAGGGGAGCUAGCAUUGCCAUUACACAAAGAAAUAUUAACAUACUAAGACAUUAUAGUAUUCAUCCUCCUACUAGCCUUCUCCAUUGUCUUGCAAGUAGUGGAGCAAAGUUAGAAUCAGAUUCAUAUGAUGAAUGCCUUAAACUAUUAAUGGCUCAAGGUGUGGACAUAAAUCAGCUCAAUUCAUCUAACGAAACUCCACUUUAUUUAGCAGUUGAAAACGGUAAUGAAGGAAUGGUGAAGUCCUUAAUUAGUGCACAUUGUGAUGUCAAUAUCAAAGUAGAUGAUUACCAGUCACACAUGUUAUCAAUAUCAAUAAGAAGGGGAGAUACAGCUAUUACUGAAAUACUAAAAAAGGCUGGCGUUGAUAUUAAUAUCGCUGAUAAAAACGGUCUUACACCAUUAUUGAAAUGCUUGCAAUACGGACAUAGUGUAGGCUUAGCUAAAUUACUUAUAGACAACGGCGCAGAUGUGAACGCUCAAGAUAACACAGGAAAGUGUGUCUUGGAAUAUCCAUAUCAUUGGUACACUUGUCACGCCCCCCUUGCACCAGAUACUGUUCAGAUGUUGAUAAAUAAAGGGGCUGAUAUUCACAAAAGGGGCGUGGUUCUAUUGAACAAAGCAGUCGGCUGUGAAGAUAUUAGAACAACUCUAUUCCUUAUUGAAAACGGCAUCCAUAUCAACACGGAAGACGAACAUGGCGAUAUACCCCUUGGUCUUGCCGCCAGAACCAAUAACAUAGAAUUGGUGACAUUGCUGACAUCAAAGGGUGGUGAUGUUAAUCAUCAAAAUCUGCAAGGAGCGACAGCGUUACACAAAUCCGCUGAUAAUGUAAACGGCCGAUCAGUUACAGAGAUAUUGCUGAAGGCUGGGGCUAAUGUUAAUCUAUGUGAUAACAAUGGAAGGGCGGCUUUCAUGGCAGCGGCACGAGCAUAUAAUAUACCAGUUUUACAAUGUUUACUAGAGGCUGGAUCUGAUAUUAAUCUGUGUGAUAACGAUGGAAGGACGGCUUUGAUGCAAGCAGCACUAGAAUGUAAUAGAUCUGUUUUACAGUGUUUACUGGGGGCUGGAGCUGAUACUAAUAUAACUGAUCCAGAUAAAAACUCCGUCAUACCUGGUGUAAUGAAUAGUAGUAUAUUUGAUGGUCGCGGUCGCAAAUGGAUCAAUUGUCUAAAAUUACUUUUAAUCAAUAAAUGUUAUGGGUCUCUAGAUGCUCCAGGCAAAAACGGAGAAACUUUAUUUAAAUGGUUACUGGACAAACACGAAGCAGAUCUUAUAUGGUAUCUCGUUACAGAAAAUUGUUCUCUCAAAGGCUUGGGUCUUCAUAGGUUCAAAGAUAAAUUCAAAUUUCCAGAUACAUUGAUGCUUUCCAAAAUUCUUUUUGAGAGUGGUGCACCAUUACGUGAAAUAUGGGCUAUCAUUAAGACGUCGUUUUUAAAUAACAGACACUCCCUAGGCCUAUUUAAAAAGCAAACACAUGCCAUCCGUGAUUUCUGGAAAUCAAGAAGUUUGCAGUCAAGAUGUAGAAGAACAAUUAGAAACUGUAUCGGAUCAGGAAUCAGCAGUAAAAUAACUCAACUUGGUUUACCGCAAUUACUACAAGAUUAUGUCAUCAUGAAGGACAUGAUACCCGAGAAAUAUUUUACUCUUGAGAUAAACGAUGAAGAUGACAAAGAUUAUUAAGGUAAACGAUGAUCAUGAUAAAGAUGAUGUUACUUUUAUACGCAAAGAAGAUGAUUCCGAAGUAAUAACUUACAAAGACUUUUUAUAAUCGUAAUUAUAUUCUAUUGUAUUUUAUUAUAUUCCCUUUGUUAACUAGAUAAUCAUAACUAUCGGGUAUAGUGUACUAUUGGCGACUAGAUAAUCAUAGUUAUUGACUAAAUUGUACUGUUGUUAACUGGAUGAUCAAGGCUAUUGGUGAGGAUCUACUGUUAAUGACUUGAUAAUCAUAGCUAUUGGUUACAAGCUACUGUUGAUAACUUGAUAAUUAUAGCUGUUGAUUAAAUUCUACUGUUGGUAAUUGGAUAAACCUAGCUAUUUUUUAUCAACUAAAAUUAGUAUCUACUGUUAUUGUAUGCUGUCAGAAAUGAUCUACCAUACUUCUUUUAUUGUUGUAUACUGUCAGAAAUGAUCUACCGUACUUAUUGUUGUAUGUUUUCAGAAAGGAGGCACAUGUUGUUUUGAUUAACAUGUAAUGCGAUUCCCAGUCACUUUGAACCCAAUCUGAUUAAAAUACAGAUCCUAUUUCAUUUCGUUUUUUAUAGUUCAAAAUUUCGUUUUACUUGUCUUUACUACACCAGGAUCUGGAAGAGUUGAUAUAUAACCCGCUUUCUGGAUGAUGUGAAUGAUUAGACAAUGAAACGGUCUGUUACGGCGAGUUUUUGGCGUGAGGUGCACGGAACUGUGGGUAACCCACUAGAAACGUAAACGCCGAUUGGUUUAUCAAAUUCUGAGGUCAUAAGGUAUAUAACCGGUCAGAUUUUCAUGUAGUAGAGGCCAUCGAAAGUAUAAAAAAACGAAAUAUAGAUCUGUAUUUUCAUCAGAUUGCUUUAAACCAUUCGAGGUAUUGACCUUGCCUUGUUAAUCGUGUUGAAAGUGAACGAUUUUGGUAGAUCAGUUGUUAGUUUGAAAUUUGUUCAAGGUCCUUUGAGGGAGGGAGAUAUGCUUUGAAACCAAUACAGAGCAGAAGUAUGCAUGGAAUUUUAACACCAAGUUAAGGAUAUGUUAAUAGAGAGGAGGGCCCUUAUUCCAAAAUCACUAUGUUAAUAAUAUGUUAAUAAUGUUUCAUUUCGAAAUAUAUGACCUAAAAUUAACUUUCAAACAGGGGUAAUUCAUUUUAAUACCAUGUCGUUACUUUUCCUGUAAGUGAAUGUAAUCCAUAAUUAUAUUGUACAAGUGUUUAUUCACUUUUAUAGUUGCAGUAUUGUUACUUCUAAUUAAUAAAAACA